AUGGCUAACGAGACCGAGUCCAGGCUCGCAGGUUACUUCUUUUCAAAGGACCUCCGCGCAAUCUGGGAUGUUGCGAGACGACUUGAAGUUAGGAUGGUUGGCUUUAAUACUGCUAAUAUCAGAGCGGCUGAAGCGCCAUUUUGCGGUAUCAAGGAGUCUAGAGUCGGCAAGGAACGAAGCAAAUAUGACUUGGCUGAGUUCCAAAUCAUCAAGAACCUCACACUUGGUGGAAUGUAG